AUGCAAACCUUUGAACACAAAACAUAUAAAGACAAGAAAUCGUUCAUCAGAUCUAAAGGGCUCUGUUAUGGGUGUCUUAGAAAUGAGAACCAUCUUGUAAAGAAUUGUCCUAAGAGGUUGGUGUGUGACAAGUAUAAUGGAGAACAUCCUUUAGUGCUGCACCGUGAGUUCAAACCAGAAGAGAGGGUUGUUUCUACUUCCGUUGGUAUGGUUGAUGCAGAUUGUCGGGCAGCAGUGUCAACAGAGGUUACCUGCAGACCAGUCAUCAUACCAGUUGGUAUCAGAUGUAAGUCUACUGGAGCAAGUAUACAGACCUAUGCCUUCAUAGAUAAUGGAAGCGAUAGUGUAUUUUGUACUGAAGAUGUCAGACAGCGAUUAAAUGUUGGUGGUAGAAAGACCAAGCUGAACUUACACACCAUAACAGGAAACAGAAUCAUGGAGAGUCGCAUGAUUAAAGGACUGGAGGUUACAGAUUUAGAAGGAAAUCAAGUCAUAAAGCUUCCAACUGUUUAUACUCAAGAUAAAAUUCCUGUAUCUAAGAAGGGCAUCCUGACUCAAGCUGACAUAUCUUGCUUUCUAUAUCUGAGUGGAGUGCAUUUGCCACAUAUAGAAUCAGAUAUUGGUCUUCUCAUUGGUAAUAACGUCCCUAAGGCCUUUGAACCACAUCAGGCUGGACGAGACGAGGAUGACUCUAUUAUACCAGUAAGUGUCAACAGGAUACAAGUUGGUCCAUUGGUAGAUGCACAGUUAGCGAUAGAUGACAAGUCCGAAGAUUCAGUAGAAGAUAAACGUUUUAGGAAGAUUGUGGACUCUGGGACAGAAGUUCUUAAUGGUCACUUUCAAGUUGAACUAUCAUUUCGAGAUAAAGAUGUUGUGAUGCCAAACAACAGAAACAUGGUAGAGCAACGACUAAGACAUCUGAAGCGAAAAUUUGAACGGAAUGCACAGUAUCGCAAUGAGUACACAAAAUUUAUGAAUGUCAUCAUAGACAAGUCGUAUGCUGAGAAGAUUCCUGCAGAAGAUGAAGCUAUAGAUGGAAGGAUUUGGUAUCUACCACACCAUGGGGUUUACCAUCCGCAAAAGGGAAAGAUUAGAGUUGUCUUUGAUUUUGGUGCUGAAUAUGGUGGUACCAGUUUGAAUAAGCAAUUAAUGCAAGGGCCCGACCUAACGAAUUCACUGGUGAGAGUCCUGUUACGAUUUCGCCAGGACCGUGUUGCUCUCAUGGCAGACAUAGAGGCAAUGUUUUCGCAAGUAAAGGUGCCCAAGGAGCAUCAAGAUUACCAAAGAUUUUUAUGGUGGCCAAAUGGUGAUGUAACUCAACCUGUAGCAGAAUACCGUAUGAUGGUUCACAUCUUUGGUGCAACAUCAUCUCCUGGUUGCGCUAAUUACGCCUUAAAAAACUCUGCUGAUUCCAGUGAAGAUACUAAUGUUAGAAGCACUAUUCAGCAUAACUUUUAUGUAGAUGACAUGCUGAAAGCAGUUCUGACAGUGACAGAGAGAAGAGCUCUGGCUGAAGGUUUAAUAGAUACUUGUAAGAAGAGUGGGUUCUGUCUUACAAAGUGGAUGAGUAAUGAAAGACAUGUUUUAGAAGUUAAGUUAAGAGGAAAGAGCCAGUGA